AUGGCUAAAAUUGGUAAUAUAGAAGAAUUCAAAUUACAGCAAGAAGAAGAUUUCGAAACCUGGGUAGAACGACUAGAACUCUAUAUGCUGGUGAAUAAAAUAAAAGAAAAUAAAGCAGCUAUAUUUUUAACCUUAAUUGGAAGUGAAGGUUAUAAAGUACUUAAAUCUCUUUGUACUCCAGAACUACCUAAAGAUGUCGAGUAUGAAAAGCUAGUAAGUAAUAUGAAAGAUUACUUACAACCGAAAGUUUCGAUUCUUGCUGAACGUUCCAAAUUCCGUAAUUGUCUACAAGAAAACAAUGAAACGAUCACUGAAUUUAUGACAAAACUACAAAAAUUAUCCAUAUUGUGUGGUUUUGGAAAUAACUUGGAGGAAGCAUUACGUGAUCAAAUAGUUCAUGGUGUAAGCGACCGUAUGCUUAAAAAGAAACUAUGUGAAGAACCGAAUUUGACUUAUGGAAGAACUAAAGAAAUAUGUCAAGCACACGAGGGCGCAGAGAAAAGUCUGGAGAAUUUUCAACAGGCUACCAAAGGAGAUCUCAACUUCCUAAAAAAGAAGGCAUCAAACAAAUGGAAGGAGCCAAAUUGGAAAAAUGGGAAGAAUGGUGACAAUGCUGACGGCACAUGUACAUGUUGUGGUAAUAUGAAUCAUGUUUUUGGUAAUUGUUAUUUUAAAAAUCGAAAUUGUGAAAUAUGUAAUAAGAAGGGACAUUUAAAAAAGGUUUGUUAUUUUAAUAAAAAUAAAACUGACAAGGUUCAAUCUAAGUUUUCAGAUGAAAAAAAUAAAAAUCAUAAUAAAAGUAACUUUGGUACAAGGAAUAAAAAAGUUUUUAAAAACAAAAUAAAUAAAUCAAAUCAUUUUUUGGAAUCAGAUAAUUUAGACAUAGACACAUUAUUUCAAAUAGAAGUAGUGAAUAAAAAAAAUAAUAACAUAACAAUUAAAGUUCAAAUUGAAAAUGAAAUAAUUGAUAUGCAAUUAGAUACAGGUUCAGCCAUUUCAGCAAUAUCUUUAUCAGAUUAUGAAAAUAAUUUUAAUUAUUUAACUAUUGUUAAAACAAAUUUGAAUUUAUGA